AUGACCAUGAUCAAUGUUUGUGUUCUUUCUACUCCAAAGAUCUCUUAUCAUACAUCCUCUCAAGAUGCUACUUUUUCUCCUAUCGGUGGUGCUUGGAAUCUUCGUAGUAAGAAAGUCGCAAAGGGUGCCAACUUGUGCCCUUGGUCUGUUGUUAAUUUUGCAAGCAAAGUUCAUGAUGGUAUGCUCCAAAAUUUUAUUUGUGAAUUAUGUCAAACAAUUGUCAUCAAUCGACAACCACCUUUUACCCAUGCUGAUCCUCAAGACAAUAUUGAACGUACGCUCAUGAAAGCUUGA